CCACUGUCUCCUGAUACCCAAGACGUGUCCCCGUGUCUCUCUGUAAUAGGCUUAGACUCUUGCGAGGUGUUACGCUGAGCUCCUCGGUCGACCCGGUCGGGUUUCUAUCACUUCACAAGGCGGUACAAGAGACACCCACCAGCGGGGACCCACGAGCAGUGUUCUCAACCAUUCGUGAUCCUGGAAUCGCUUCGUCAGCAAUAACUUGAGUCCACUCUGGGAGUGCGAAAUGCGUGCAGCAUCCGUGGGCGCGGAUCACAGUAGCCCUAUGACCCCUUACUAUAGACGCUGGUCACCUGCCUAUGGCCCCCUCCUUUCACGGAAGCGUCAGCGAGGAUACAACGAAUAUGAGCACAUGCGGACGCGCUCGCACGUGGGCCAACGAGCGAGGUGCACGUAUUUGUCUGCAGGCUCCUGGCACUUCGGCAAUACUUCCACCCGAAUUUCAACUCCUGCUUUGCAGAAAAGGCUUAUUUUGACGUGCCCUGGGCCUGGCUGCCUGGGACUCAAAUCGUGCGCACGCUCCCAAACAAGAUCCUGUCAACCAUAUGUAGUUUGGGUGACUGCGGAGAUCCGAGUCCCUGAAAUCGAAACCGCGCUCUGUGUGCUUCCAUUUGCCAUCAGAGCAGUGACGAAUCAAAUGAUCAUUGCGCAAGCGCCAAAGCGAAUCUUACUGCGCGUUACUUGACACUUGAGUGCCUUAGUAGAAGAACCGCUCGCUCAGUGACAGAAUGUGCCGGUCGUCUCCCAGCUUCGACAAUCACGGCUCCUUCGGCCGACCCCUAACCUGCUGGUCACCUGGUACGCUAUACCGGACCGGGCGCUCACCAACCAGCUUGGCUUUUAUAUAUACGUUGAGGACUG